UUUCAUUUCAAUACGAUUUCGCAGCCGCUGUCAAUCUAGAUCAGAAUCGUUUCUUACAUAUAUGAAAAUCAUGCAUUGUUUUCAUUAAGUUAUCGACUCAUGAUAAUCACCAAGAGUUUCAUGUGUCGAUUUUAUUUUUCUUUAUCAUGCACAAUAGAUCCAAAAAGUACUGCUAGUAAGGAUCCGCCAUAUACAUUUUGGUGUUUCCAAGAUUCUGUUGUUCGGCUGUCAGUCACAUUAUACAUUGAUCUGUAUUCUGUUGUCAGCCUAGUAGAAUCAGAUCGGUAUCAGUUAGGUGUUCAUAGCAUUUCAAGAGUUGGUUUUGUAGGUUUGUCCGAGGCCCCAAGGUUGAAAAGGAUGAAGUGGUUGGCUGAGACAAAUCCUGGGAAGAUGAGGCAAAAGACGGAAGGAGGGCUCCCCUGCUGAAUUUGCUCAGUUGAUAUCAUCUACGGAAAAAACCACGUGGUAUGUGUAUGUGUACGUGUCUUUGCUGAUAAAAGUAGCGGAUAUGGUGUUCUAAUUUGGCUGCAGAGUGGAUAAUUCUUUGUUUAGAACCCUUUUUAUUUUCUAUCAGCGUAUUUGUAUGAGUAUAAAUAUAUAUGAAAUGUGUAUCUGUAUGUGUAUGUGUCCGUGUAUCAAUGUAUGUACCCUAAUAAAUGAAAAUGUUAUUGCCACU